AUGACAGAGAAUAUGUUUAUGGCCACUACAUCUUCAAAAUAUGGUGUUUCAAAUUGGCCUCUUGGUGGAGGUGGCCCUCCUGGACCUGGUGGAGGCGGCGGCCCUCCUGGACCUGGUGGUGGAGGAGGGCCUCCUGGCCCUGACGGUGGCGGUGGUCCUCCAGGACCAGGUGGUGGUGGAGGUCCUAUUGGAUCUGGUGGUGGUGGCGGCCCUACUGGACCUGGUGGUGGCGGCGGUGGUCCUCCAGGGCCUGGUGGUGGUGGAGGUCCUCCAGGGCCUGGUGGUAGUGGUCCUCCUGGACCUGGUGGUGGUGGAGGUCCUAUUGGAUCUGGUGGUGGUGGCGGCCCUACUGGACCUGGUGGUGGCGGCGGUGGUCCUCCAGGGCCUGGUGGUGGCAGUGGCCCUCCUGGACCUGGUGGUAGUGGUCCUCCUGGACCUGGUGGUGGAGGCGGUCCUCCUGGAAACAUUAUAACAACUUGA